AUGUCCCGUCACAGUGCAGAUGUAGAGCUUUCCAGGCUGGUGCCUGACGCAUCUCCAGAUGGGCACUGCUCACAAGCCUUUCCAGAAGCUGUAGAUGACCUUCCCAAUGUCCCCCACUACCAAGCCACUUCCUUCCCACUGCGCUGCAGAGGUGGCAUGCUGAACCUGUCCUUCCAGGGUGAUGGCGGCUCUCCUACUCACCAUGCAUUAGAAGGAAUGGCAUUCACUCGCCCGGCGGUCAGCAUCGAGGACGUGGAUUCUGGUAGUAUCACUGAAGCAUUUGGAGAUGAAGAAAGUAUGAAGCCUCCAGCCUCCCCCUACAAACAGCGAACCCUUACCGUGCCAAUGACCUCCACUGCCCCAAAGAGUCGGAAGAGGACGCAGUCUGUGGGGGAAAACGCUGAUGACCCAUUGGACGGUGGCCCAGAGGAGGAGGAAGUGAUGGAGCGUUCCGCAUCCGCCGUCAGUCACAGCAGCACCGUUGUCACAGAGCGCCUCCAGGAGCUGGUCAGACUGUUCAAGGGCCGAACAGAGAAAGUGAAGGAAAGGCUGAUAGACCCUGAGCUAUCCUCCGACGAGGAGAGUCCUUCUGCAUCACCAUCUAAAAAAGCUGCAGCCCCGCCACCACCUCCCCCACCUCCCCCACCUGAGGAGAAGAAACCAGAAGGCGCAGUCCCCACUGUGGACGAACACUAUUGUGGGAUGCUCUGCUGCAAAUUUAAGACCCGACCAUGGUGGACCCAACUUCACAAUUACAAAUUCCCAUCCAGUAUUGAUCCACUGACUAACCUAAUGUAUGUCCUGUGGCUCUUCUUCGUGGUGAUGGCAUGGAAUUGGAAUUGUUGGCUCAUCCCAGUACGUUGGGCCUUUCCCUAUCAGACGCCAACCAACAUCCACUACUGGCUCUUCAUGGACUAUCUGUGUGAUCUCAUCUACCUGCUGGACAUUGUUGUCUUCCAGGUCCGCCUGCAGUUCGUGCGCGGCGGCGACAUCAUUACUGACAAGAAGGCGAUGCGGGAACAUUAUAUCAAGACUGAUCGAUUCAAGAUGGAUGUCAUUUCUCUCCUCCCUCUGGAUCUUUUCUACUUCAAGGUUGGAGUGAAGUCCAUUCUCCGCUUUCCCCGUAUACUGAAGUAUAUGGCCUUCUUCGAAUUCAACAACAGACUGGAAGCUAUCCUCAGUAAAGCCUACAUCUACAGAGUGAUCCGUACAACAGCCUACCUCCUGUACUGUCUGCACAUGAACGCCUGCUUCUAUUACUGGGCCUCGGACUACGAGGGGCUUCGCUCCACCAAGUGGGUGUAUGACGGUGAGGGGAACAGCUACAUCCGCUGCUAUUACUGGGCUGUGAAGACCCUCAUCACCAUCGGGGGGCUCCCUGACCCACAGACUCUCUUUGAGCUUUGGUUCCAGUACUGAACUACUUCAUGGGAGUGUUCGCCUUCUCCGUUAUGAUUGGUCACAGAUGAGAGACGUGGUAGGAGCCGCUACAGCUGGUCAGACCUAUUACCGCAGUUGUAUGGACAGCACCAUCAAAUACAUGAACUGCUACAAGAUCCCACGCAACGUACAGAACCGCGUCAAGAUGUGGUAUGAGUAUACCUGGCAGUCACAAGGCAUGCUGGAUGAAUCAGAACUGAUGGUGCAGCUUCCAGACAAGAUGCGGCUAGAUUUGGCUAUUGAUGUGAAUUACAACAUUGUCAGCAAGGUGGCGCUCUUCCAGGGUUGUGACCGACAGAUGAUAUAUGACAUGCUGAAGAGGCUGCGCUCUGUAGUUUACCUGCCCGGGGAUUAUGUCUGUAAGAAGGGGGAGAUCGGGAGAGAAAUGUACAUCAUCAAAGCUGGAGAGGUCCAGGUCCUCGGAGGGCCGGAUGGACUGACUGUGCUGGUCAGUCUAAAAGCAGGAUCCGUCUUUGGAGAAAUCAGCCUUCUGGCUGUGGGUGGAGGAAACCGUCGUACUGCCAAUGUGGUGGCGCAUGGCUUUACCAACCUCUUCAUCCUGGAUAAGAAGGAUCUGAAUGACAUCCUGACCCAUUACCCCGAGUCACAGAAAGUUCUACGUAGGAAAGCAAAGAAAAUGCUGAAAAACAGCAGCAAACCAAAGAUGAGGGUCCAGCACAGAAGGGAUUCCAGCACAUCAUUCCACCCAGACCCGAGACUCCCAAAUUACUGAAGGCCGCUGUUGCUGCCACCGAAAAAAUGGGCUUCAAGGGAUUUUCUAAAUUGAAACGCAGACUUAAAGUGAAGACAACUGUGGAGCCCUCUAGAACUAGUCCCGUGCCCCCUGGGUCGCCGGUGCACCGAAGAUCUCCAGUGCCCACCAUAAAACCUGAAGAUGACGAGCCGACGGAAAUUGUGGCUGAGUCUACAGACAACACGGUCUUUAUAAGGGUCAGUCCCUCCCCCCGAGGAGACGAGCAGAUACUGUCGGUGGAAGUGACAGCCCCCGAGGAGGAGGGGAAGAAAUGA